UUUACGAAGAGAUUAGAACAACCCUGCUGCAUUUAUCUUUUGUAGCCCUACCGAUUAAUGGUGGAGUUUGGAGAGCAAAAAUUGGUAUGGAGCAGAUGUUGAUAAGUUUAUCAGGUCGUAUACGACUCUGGACAUACCUCUCCAUGGCUGGCUGGCUAACUCUAAACAUUUGCCUGACGAACAUUAAUAAAUGGCUUUUCAUGAGUUAUGGCUACCCGUAUCCACUUCUUGUCACCGCCCUUCACAUGCUCUUCACGGCCGUCUUCGGAUUUGUCAUCAUCCGCUUCACUCCUUUCGGGGCCGCCUACGGGGAAGGCAACGCCCGUUUGAAAGUCGCCCCACAUCUCACACCAAAAAUCUUCAUUCUGAGUGUGGUAUCAACUGUCAGUAUUGCCUGUGGAAACAUCGCCUUAAAACAUUUAUAUGUGUCGUUUGUGAAGAUGAUUAUGGCGAUGACGCCUCUAGCUACUGUUGUCAUAUCUAAAGUAUUAUUUGGAAGAGAGUUUGAUCAGUUUAUAUAUUUGUCCAUGCUACCUCUGUGCGUUGGAUCUUUCCUGUGUACCAUUGGCGAGGUGAAUUUUAGUGUCUUUGGAUUCAUAGCUGCUUUCACUGCUACUUUAUUAAGGGCCGGUAGAUGUGCACUUCAAGGUGUGUUACUGAAGGAUGAGCGAAUCGACUCCGUUCGUCUCCUCUACCAUAUCUGCAUUCCAAGUUUCUUCCAACUGGGCGUGGCUUCUCUCGUCUUCGAAGGAGGUGCACUCUGGGAUCCUAGGCUGAGUACGAGUAUUGAAUUGUGGACCCUCAUUUUCCUGAGCUGUAUAUGUGCUGUAGGAUAUAACAUCAUGACCUUCCUCGUCACCUAUUAUACAUCACCAGUCACACUACAGGUAUUGGGAAACAUCAGUAUUGUGUUGACAGUAGGUCUGUCCCUACUCAUAUUCCAGAAUGAGAUCUCUAUCCUCAGUGUCGUUGGUAUUGCUUGCAUUGUUCUUGGAAGUAUUAUGUACCAGGAGGCAGAUGUGGCAAGACAGUUCUUCCAUCGCAUCAUGUAACAAUGGCUGUCAUCCUUUAGUUAGUUAAUCAGUGACACCUAUAUAUAAGGACCACUCAAGGAAGAUAAAUGGUUGUCAAAAUUUAUGAGCAGGUGAUUGACUUUAUGGACUAGUACCUGUUAUGCAUAUUUCAGUGGAAGAUACUAUUCUAGGAUACCAAAUUUGGGGUCUUUUUAGUUAGACAGGUGGUUCUUACUAGACUACUUGUAUGUAGGUGGUCGUAAGUGCAGGUUUGACUGCCAUUACCUCCCACUUACCUGCUUAGAGGGAUGCUUAAACCUGAGAUUAAUAUGAAUUGAACAAGCAGAAUAGAACUAAGUAAAUUUAACACUUCAGCAAAUAAAUCAAAUUAUAAUAACCAAAUUUUAACGGAACAAAGUUUUGCAAAUAUUCAUGCUUGUCACUGCGAAUAUGCAAUGAAUAUAUAAGCUCAUGAAAUAAUCUCUUCAUUUAUGAAAUUACAAUUCUGAUUAGAAACAGGUUUGAUUCAUUUAUAUGAUAUUCAUUCACUGAAACCUGUUGUUACAAAUGGGGAUAUUAUCUACACAAUUUGUGAAAACGAAAAUAUGAAGACUUCAUAACAAAUUAUGAAGGAAAGCAGGGACAUCAGCUCGGUGAGUGCAUAUUAUUCAUUUCAUCAAUAAUGCAUAAUGUAAUACUACCAAAUAUUUUAAUAUAAUUUCGAUAUUCCCCAGUGUUUUGCUCAAUUAAUUUUACUGAAAUUAUAUAGUAUUGAAUUCCGGCUAGAUUUUCCCUCUUAAAAUGCCAAAGGAAUUGCAGGUUUAUGAGAUUAAGGUUGUUAUACCAUAUCCAGAGUGAGAAUUUAAACCUUGUGAAAUUAAAUUUUCACAAAAUAAAUUGAGAAUUAUAUUUUCAAAUAUCAUAAAACAAAACUAUUCAAGUCAACUUGUCAGUUUAAUAUACAUUAUUUGAAAAAUCCAAAAGAAAGUGUGAAUUAUAUUAUUCACAAGUGUUCCGAUUCAUGAUCCCUUACCUUCACCCCUAUCCAAAUUAUAUUCUGUAGUACAUUAAACCUUCCGAAAAUAAUGUAUAUAUGAUUUUUUUUAAUCAUGUUCAGCUAUAUUGAAAAUUGUGAAUGCCUACCUCAGUCAUGUUCAUUCUUUUGGGGAGAUAUAAUUUUGAAGUAACCAUAUCUGUCAAUCAUCAGAAUGUGCCAAAAUAACUCAUUCAGGACAAGGUAACAACACUCAUUAUGUGGUUUGUCCUAAUACAUGUAACUUCAUGUAGAAACCUAAAAAUCAAGCAUCAGGGAAAAGAGUAAUAAUGAUAGAAAAUAUGUACAAGCUUACUGCCUCAUUAUCUUUUCUUCAAUACUGGCAUACUUGAAAGUAAUUACUAAGAUCAUUAAAUUGGCAAUGCCAUGUAAUGUAACUUGGCAAAUUUCUAACAUAUUGAGACAAUCAUCCUUUCUUUAUUUCUAAUACAUGAAAGAUGUAGCAAUGAAAGAAAAAUAUGAAUGUUGCCAAUUUGAAGACCCAGUAAGGUUCCAAAUGUUACUUUGUCCUGGAUGAGUUUAAAUGUAGGUACAAGAUAUACUCUGGAUCAAUGCAAUGCAAAAUGUAACUGUCUUUAGGGACAUUUCUCACAAUUGGUCAUUAAUGUGAUGCCAUCAAAGUCUGAUCCCAAGAAAGGCUUUAAUUUGAAUCAAUAUUGAUCUUUUCGAUUACAAGAUGUAGAUUAUUUAAAUUUCAAGUACCAGCUAAGCAGUUUUUUUUUUGGGUGAAAUUUUGUACAUCAUUUGCCUUUGUUUUAUUUGAAUUUCUACUUUAAAUUGCAUUGUAUUCACUAAAUUAGUAAGUUCUCGUGUGCUAUUUGAUACAUGUAGGGUAUCAUUUUACUCUAUUAUUGCUGGUACAAACAUUUUUAAGGUCAAAAUAUGUUUUGAGAAGAUUGAUAGUACAUGCAAGUACGUGUAUCGUCCAUGUGUCCAAAGAGAAAUUGUAUACUAUGAUACCUUUAAUAAAAUUAUUAUUAUUAUAGGCUAUGUUCUCUUGUGCAAAAUACAGCAAAAAAUUGCUUAAAUGUGUGAACAGUGAUGAGUGAUUGUAUGAAAAUAUUUACAGUUAAAGAUUUUUAAAUGCUAAGAAUGAUAACAUUCUAAGUAUUUGGUCACACAAAAUUUUCAGAGAUCAAUAUUCCUAAGAUUCUGAAUGUAUAGUGUUUUAAUUAAGUUUCCAUACUGGUAUAUUGUGAUUUUGACAGCAUACACGCACCAAAAAAU